AUGCACCGCAAGCUGAGCCGGGGCCACCAUCGAAGUAUUGUGCCAGUCCAGCGGGAGCACUUCACUGGCAAGGUGAACUUUGUGGAUCUCUCGGAGUUGCCGACGGACCUGGCCAAGGAGCAUGGCCUGGAUUCCGUCUUGCGCACCUGGCUGGAGUCCAAAAUGGCUCAGCACCUCCCCAUCGCGUUCAAUAUGUGUUGGACUCUGGACCGCAAUGACACAGAUGACCACCGUGUCUCGUUACUGCAGUUUGCCGACGAGAAGAGAGUGGUGAUUCUGCGUACGCAUCGCACGGGCACCUGGUUGCCGGAGCACGUGCGAGAGCUUCUCGCGCACCCCCUGGUCUGCAAAAUCUGCGAUGGCUACUCCAUGAAGCAUAAGCGGAAGCUGCAGAGCACUUUUGGCCUUGAAAUGAAGAACAAUGUGAGCAUUUAUGCAAUGGCCGAUGAGCGCCUCGGUCUGAAGUGUCACAAUGUGGAAAGCAUCGCCAAGGAGCUAGGUCUGGCGUCAAGAGGUAUUCAGCUACAGGAGGAUUUGCUUGCCUGCGACUGGAAUGCUCAUCUUCUCACGAUGGACCAGAGGAAGGGAGCCGUCGACUUCCCCUUUCUUCUCUACGUGCUGUGGCAGAGGCUCAGCGAGAUCAGCGCUCCUUGCCGCCAGGACAGCAGCACGGGCAUCCUGGCAGUUGAGCCCGGCUGGGAAAAUCAAGGCAUUGUUCGGAGGCAUGAUGGCCUCUACUGCGAGCUUUGCAAAGCGGGCCCCAUUCUAUCCACUGAGCAGAUGCACGGUCACAUCGUUGGCAAGCUGCACCAGAGGAAAGCGCGGCCGCCGGAAACUCUUGAGGAGAUGCUUCUCUUGCCUGAGAAGUUUCAGAAUCAAGGAAUUGUGACACACGACUUCUGCUCGUCUGCAGCCGGGCGUGUGGGCCAACGGGAGUAUUUCUGCAAGCCAUGCGGCUGCGGACCCUUUCAUGACAAGGCAAGUGUUGAAACACACAUCUCAGGUCGCCGGCAUGCAGAAGCAGCAAAGAAGUGGGGAUGCCCUCCCUUGCAGUCAGAAGUGGCAGAGCCCAUUCAGUCAGAGAUCCCAACCCACAAUUGUGACAAUGCCACGAAUGCCACGACUCCAUCGGCUGCAGACAUGCUGAGGGCAGAGAUGGCCUUGGUGGGUCUCUGCUCACUAUCGCCUCCGAUGGCGAAGCAUCCGAAUUCUACGAACGAAGUGCUUUGUGGUGCGUCUGAGAUGUUGCACAGUUUCGUUUUGGAGGAGCUACCGGUUUAUCAGAAGCAACAGUGA